CUGGACUUGCUGAGCUGUAUAUAGAGUGCACGACCUUUGAUCUCAGUUUCCAUGUGCCUUGUCGGUAAAGAUCAUCUCCAUUAAUAAGCUCUAUUCAGGCAGCUCUAGGACAGACUAGACACCAUGGCUCUCUGUAGGAAGGCGUGUCCCCUGCUGGCUAGAGGUUACCACACCACUACUGCAGCAUUGAAGGCUGGGUACUUUAAGAUCACCCCCAAAGGAGAUUUUCCCUUGACGUAUGAGCAGGCCCACCCCCCUUAUCGUAUCGGGGUGACAAAGGGAUGGACAUCUUGGAACGCUACUACCCUCCACGGUCCAGCGAGAGGGCCGAUGUCAGUGGCCAUAGAAGACAAGUUCAUCCGCAAGUUCAUCACCGGCACAUGGUAUAAGAUGUGGCUGUCAGAGGUGGUCAUUAAGAGGGUACACAACAACGUGACUGUGUGUGGGAUGGUCUGCCCACUGCCCUCCAUCAAGACCAUGCACUUCCUCUUAGGCUAUUCAGAAACUCUUCUCUCUCAUUUACUCAAGUGCAAUGUUAGACUAGAGAUUCAGUGUGUACAAAGCAAGAAAAACCUUGUUUACAAGUUUGUCUAAUUAUUAUUAUCAU